AAGUUACUUCUCGCGUAAUGGGAGAAUUCUGCAAUUAAUAUUGCUCGGGGGUGCUGAAUAUGAGUGUGUUGCCCCUCUAAUGAGCUCUUUCAUUUUAAUCCCGGACCCAAGGUAUCUGUAUGUUCAUCAUGUUAACUUCUUUGCUAAGCGCAAGAAUUCUAAUUCUCUUCCGGAGCUCUUCUUUGCUGAGACUGUGGCAUUAAAGGGUAGAUAUACAAACAAAGUCCUCAGAUGUUGUAUCUUGACAGCUCGGCUCAAUAGCUCUUCACAAGUUGCUAUGCCUUCUGAUUCUAUAGGGAUUUUGCAUCCAGAAAAUGUAUGCUGCACGCAAUGCAACCGCAGUCAAGGUGAUAGUAGCGAUGAUGAUGAUGAUUGCGAUUAAUCUAAUGAUCAAUAUAUUAUAGUGAUCACGGCUAUGAUAGCGAGUCUAAUGAUUGAUAAAUCAAUCAAUCAAACUCUCACACCUUGUUAUUGCUUGUACGGAGUAAAUGUUUUAUCUUGCACUUUUUUUUUCUUAUACUGCUGGCUUUUACAGUUAUGCUUUAUGCCUGUUUGCUACUGUUAAUGGAUUUUCCUUCAUAGACCUAUUUUUAUUUUA